AGUUGGAGACACAACAGGCUCUUCGGAAGUUACCAUGACUUCUGAGGCUGAGAUCACUAGCUGGUGGCCGGGAAGCUCUCUCUCCUCAACCUACUCUUCCAUUACUCAAGACAGAAGCACCCCAAAAGCUUCAUCUACUGGUCUUCUGUCUUCUAACCCAGGAAGGUCCAGCCUGGGACUAUCUACUCCGUCCUCAACAACUCCCUCAAGUGAAGGUCCUGCAACCACCAUGACUGUUGUUCCUUCCAUCACCACAGCUCCCUCAGCUUUCCCGAGUCUCCCUCAAACUGCAGCAGAAGCCACAACUCAGGUCACAACUUCUCCUCCAACAAGUAUGUCCACAUCAGAGCCAUAUCAUUUCACAUCCGUGUCUGACACCACUGGUGGCAUGAAAACUACCCCACCAGCACUGAAGAGCACAGAGUUCCUCCCCUCUUCCGUGGCUCUUCUCUCUGACACGACCAAUCCAUGGCGCACCGUUGGAAAAACAAGUCUCCCUGGAGGAGCCACAACGCUGCUCUCCUCUUCCUCACCUGAAGGUUCCACUCCUGCUGGCACCUCAGAUAUCACUGCGUCUUCUUCAUCCCUUGCAAUGACCUCCACCUCCAGCACUGCUUUUGGGGGUCCUUCCGAAGAAGGGACCACUCAGCCAACAGAGUCAACCAUGCUCAUCAUCAGCUCCACCACAGAGGACACCAUCUCCAUCCCUCAUUCUCCAACUCCCCAAGACAAGAUGACAUCUGAAGAUGUAUCCACCACCAUCUCCACCACGUCACAAGAAGAAACCACGAGUGAGAAACAUGCUAGUUCUCCUCCUACCACAACUGAGACAAUGACAAUCUCCCCCUCGUCAGUUCCCCUUCCUACUUCAUCAUUAGCGACCUCCACACUUCUGAGUGCCACUUCUGGAGUUGGAGACACAACCGGCUCUUUGGAAGUUACCAUGACUUCUGAGGCUGAGGUCACUAGCUGGUGGCCGGGAAGCUCUCUCUCCUCAACCUACUCUUCCGUUACUCAAGAGAGAAGCACCCCAAAAGCUUCAUCUACUGGUCUUCUGUCUUCUAGACCAGGAAGGUCCAGCCUGGGACUAUCUACUCCGUCCUCCACAACUCCCUCAAGUGAAGGUCCUGCAACCACCAUCACUGUUGUUCCUUCCAUCACCACAUCUCCCUCAGCUUUCACGAGUCUCCCUCAAACUUCAGGAGAAACCACAACCAAGCUUACAACUUUUCCUCCAACACGUGUGCCCACGUCACUGCCACACCUUUUCACACCCAUGUCUGACACCACUGGUGGCAUGGAAACUACCACACCAUCACUGAAGACCACAGAGUUCCUCCCCUCUUCCGAGGCUCUUCUCUCCAGUCCGUGGAGCACCCUUGGAGAAAGAAGUCUCCCUGGAGAAGCCACAAUGCUUCUCUCCUCUUCUUCACCUGAAGGAUCCACAUCUGCUGGUACCCCGGAUGUCACUGUGUCUUCGUCAUCCCUUGCAAUGACCUCCAUCCCCAGCACUUCUUUUGGGGGUCCUUCCAAAGAAGGGACGAGUCUCCCAUCAGAGUCAACCAUGCUCGUCAUCAGGUCCACGACACAGGAGAUGAAUUCCAGCUCUCGUCCUCCAACUCCCCAAGACAAUAUGACAUCUGAAGGACCACUGACCACCAUCUCCACCACCUCAACAGUAGAAACCCCGAGUGAGAAACACGCUCGUUCUCUUCCUCUCACAACUGAGACAAUUACAACCUCCCCGUUGCUUCCCCUUCUUACUUCAACAUUAGUGACCUCCACACCUACAAGUGGCAUUUCUGGAGUUGGAGACACAACUGGCUCUUCAGAAGUUACCAUGACUUCUGAGGCUGAGGUCACUAGCUGGUGGCCGGGAAGCUCUCUCUCCUCAACCUACUCUUCCGUUACUCAAGACAGAAGCACCCCAAAAGCUACAUCUGUUGGUCUUCUGUCUUCCAACCCAGGAAGGUCCAGCCUGGGACUAUCUGGUCCAUCCUCCACAAAUCCCACAAGUCAAAGUCUUCCAAUGACAUUGAAAGUCCUUUCUUCCAUUUCCCCAUCUCCCUCAGCUUCAGAAGGUCUCUCCAAAACUCCAGCCAGGAACCGUUUCAUCCUGUCGGUGAGAUUCAGCACUCCUUUAAACAUCGCGGAUCUGUCCGUCCGUCGGGCGAUGCUAAAGUGGCUUGAUCAUGAACUGCAGGCAAAAUUUCCUGUUGGCAACUUCCACCUGACCUGCAUGGGCUAGCAAAGAAGUUCGAAAAGGAAACGGUCAGAAAGCUUGCAAAUGUAUGCCUCUUCUGGAUCGGCGCACCGUAAUAACAGACCUAAUAAUGGAUUGCAGCUUUUCUUUUAUUUCAUUUUCCAUGCCAGCCGAUGCCAAGGCUCCAUA